ACGCUUAUACGAUUGCGAUAAUUUCAUCUAUACUUAUCGGGUUUAUAACACCGAUAAUCCGAUUUGGUCAAAAUCCGGCGGAGAAAAACCCUAAAAAUGGAGAAAGAGACGAAGGAGAAGAUCGAGAAAACUGUGAUAGAGAUACUCAGUGAAUCGGAUAUGAAAGAGAUAACAGAGUUCAAGGUUCGUAAACUCGCUUCGGAGAAACUCGCAAUCGAUCUCUCGGAGAAAUCUCACAAAGCAUUUGUACGAAGCGUCGUGGAGAAAUUCCUCGACGAAGAGAGAGCGAGAGAAUAUGAAAACUCACAAGUGAAUAAGGAAGAAGAAGAUGGAGAUAAGGAUUGUGGUAAAGGAAACAAAGAGUUUGAUGAUGACGGCGAUCUUAUCAUUUGCAGGUUAUCGGAUAAGAGAAGAGUGACGAUUCAGGAAUUUAAAGGGAAGAGUUUGGUUUCUAUCAGAGAGUAUUACAAGAAAGAUGGCAAAGAACUUCCUACUUCUAAAGGAAUAAGCUUAACAGAUGAACAAUGGUCAACCUUCAAGAAAAACAUGCCAGCCAUCGAAAAUGCUGUCAAGAAAAUGGAAUCGCGUGUCUGAAUGAAGAACAUGUGAUACUUUAUCUCUAAACAUGUAGGCGGAGGUUGAAGAAACUAAAGCUUCUGCUGCAGCAAACCGGAGCUGAUCAAUCAAAGCGUGUGUAUUGCCUUCAACUGCCAAAAUCUCUUCAAGCUGCUUACUUCCGAUCACCACUUUCGCUUUCCAAACUCCAUUUCUUCUUUGCGGCGACACUUGUAUCCUUGGCCCAAGUACUCCUCUAGGGCUUGUUGUACCUUGUCUAACAAGAUACCCUAGUGUUUUCUCCCUUGUUAUUGGCAACGAGCUACAUCUCCGGCUUCUGUAAUACUCUUCCAGGAUGUUUCUUGAAUUUGUCGCAAUUACGGUAACCGAACCACCACCAUCAGAUACUGCUCUUUGCGAACAAUUCCCCAUCUUCACAGCAACUAAAAAUGAAGAAAAAAUAAGAAAGAAACAGAGAGUUUAAAACUAAAUUUUGAGUUUGAUUUGAUUGUUUUUGGUUCAAGAUAGGUUUAUAAAUACUAAAGAGAGAGUAACUCUCAGACAAGGAUUGAUCAAACAGUCUCUUUGUUGUCUCUUAAUCUCACUACUUGCAUGUGAUACUCCGCGCUGUGCAUAAUACUAUUACCUUAUCC